UUCCGCCUCUCACCCACCUCCCACACCACGCCAUGGCAGCCUCCCUCCCCAUCUUCCACCUCCUCCCGAACCACCACCCCGCCUACCCGCCGUCCCCCACCUUCUCCGACCCCGCGUUCUCCGCACAGUAUGACUCGGCGUUUCCCGCCAACAUGGACCUCUCCAAGUCCAGCCAGCACCCCCUCAACGGCUAUCCCUUCCCCGCCCCGCCAGGCACAUCAGCGCCCCAGUACUCCAGCCGCCACAUCCCUUCCUACCCCAAUCUCGUCCCGCCCAACUUUUCGCGCGGCUCGUACCCUGCCGUCCAAGGCGGCGAGGACCCCACGACGUUCCUCGACCUCGACCUCUCGCAGCCCGGGCCGUCGACCUACCAUCAGCAGCAGCCACAGCCGCAGUCCGCCGCACAUCACUACCACCAGCCGGACCACGAGUAUGUCCAAAGCGACGCAGAGGACGACGAGUCCCUCGUCCAAGUGAAAGAAGAGCAGGAUGAACGGCAGGAAGGAGAGGAGCAGGACGCCGAUGUGGACAAUGAGGAGCCGCUGUAUGUGAAUGCCAAGCAGUACCACCGGAUCCUCAAGCGGAGAAUGGCGAGGGCCAGGUUGGAAGAACUGAACAGGCUCGUGAGAUCCCGCAAGCCCUACCUACACGAGUCGCGUCACCGCCAUGCGUGCUCUCGACCAAGGGGUAAGGGCGGACGCUUCCUUACCGCCGAGGAGAUUGAGACGCUCAAGCGACAAGAAGCUGAAAAGGCGUCAAAGGGCGAGGAUGAAGCCCAAGCCUCGGCGUAAAAGUCGCGACAUUUCCCAUUGCGAUCCGUGUUACAUUUCUUUUCUUGUGUCUAUAGUAGGAUAUCCAGAUGUGGUAAUUUGGGCUGUAGUUGAUACCUGUUUCCGGCUCUUUUUUUUUUCGUGGCAGAUGGGUUUGUCAAAACGUCGUCUCUUUUGUCUGUGUAGUCGACGAUGAUGUUGUCAUUAAUGAAAUGUCAUAGACUACUGAAUGUUGCCUUUAACGUAUCCUACGUCGGACUUUGUACUUGAUUCCUCCUCUCGUCGUAUACAUGAUGCUACAGAACAUUUUUUCCAUGUCUCAUC